CACAUACAUUCUUGUACCGUCAGUUGAGCAAGAAGGACGCACUCGUGCAGCCAAGCUGAUUUUCCCCAUCGUGUUUCCAAUUGAAAAGGUUUCUCGUGUAUCUGUGUGUGCGAAUAACCGUGAGUGAAUUUCUCCAGUGCCGUGUGCUCUAAUAUCCGGUAUAUCGGUUCGAAGCAUAAAAACCCAUCUCGUGGAAGCGAACAUUUUCCACUGUUUUGUGUGCCUCGCCGUCGUCCACACAGUGUCCGCGCGUGUUACACACACUCACACCUAUAACAGCCGUUUGAAGCUAAAGAGAAAAAAACGUUUUCUUCUCGAAAGGACGAUUAUUUCCCGUUGUGAUCCGGUGCGUGUGUGUGGUGCGGUAUCGUUCGGCAGCAGUUGGCAAAAGUGAGAAACACCGUGUGUGCGUGUGCAUAAACAGGUUCUUCCGGUCGUCGCGCGAGUUUGGAUACCGGAGUUCGCUUAUCGCAUUCAACACGUUAAUCUCGUACUCCUCUCGCUACUUCAACAUCCCAAGUCUUCCGUGAGCGCUGCUACAACGCUGAAGUCUCUUAUCCUUGUUGCUCUUAGACUGCAGAGUGUGUUACGUUAGUGGCGUGCUAGAAGAUCUGUACAACAAUUGUGCAUCGGUCGUGUGUUACCUACAUAUAUUGCUGUACCAAGUACAACGAGUGAUUAUUGCUGAACGAUCCUCAGUGCGUGCCAGUGUUGUGAAGUUGCUAUUUAGUCGUUGAUAGUGUUAGAAAGCUACAAUUAAACUGUUAAAAAAACAUUAAUAUAUCCCUACAUUAUCUCAGUGCGGUUGGUUUAUAAGUGAUUUGAGAAUACAUUGUGCCAGUUGUGCAGUUUUGGUGCAUCAGAAGUUUGAGUGAAAGUCACUGACUAGUGCAGAAACCCUUUAAAAAGCACCGCUUGAGAAGUAUCUCGUUAAACCAAGCCGUUUAGAAUGGCCCCACCCAACAAUGAGUGUUCGUACGAGGUAAUUAACAAUGUGGCCACCGCCACGGAGGAGCUGGCCCAACAACGAUCGACCGAGAACGAUGCUUCCAAGACGCAGAUGGACUGGGAGACUCCGGGCGCUCAGGGAUUGUACGAUCCACAGAACGAGCAUGAGGCCUGCGGCGUCGGUUUCAUCGUGUCGAUCGAAGGCAAACCGAACCAUAAGAUCCUGCGCGAUGCUCAAACGCUUGCCAUACGCAUGAACCAUCGAGGUGCGUGCGCCUGUGAUAACGAUACCGGCGAUGGUGCAGGUGUUUGCACCUCGAUCCCGCAUGACCUGUAUGCCAAGGAGCUGGCUUCUCAUGGCAUUGAGCUUCCAGCAUUUGGCCGCUAUGCAACGGGUAUCUUCUAUCUGGACAAGAACUCGCACGAGGAAGCGGAAAAGGAGUUUAACGCUCUGGCUGAAAGCCUCGGCGUUCAGGUGAUCUACUGGCGCAGCGUUCCUACCAACCAGGAGGCGGUCGGUGCCGUCGCCCGCAAGAGCGAGCCCCUGUCCCGCCAGGUCUUUGUAACUGCUGACGUUGAUGAGGAAACAUUUAAGCGACAGGUAUUCAUUUUGCGCAAGCGUGCCACGCACGAGCUGCAGCGCCCGGGUCGCCGGUUCUACAUCUGCUCGCUGACACCGAAAACGAUCGUCUACAAGGGCUUGUUCACGUCCGACCAGCUGUGGGAGUACUAUCUGGACCUGAAGAAUCCCGACUUUCUCACCUAUCUGGCGCUGGUGCACACGCGCUUCAGCACCAACACGUUCCCGUCCUGGGAGCGUGCCCAUCCGCUGCGCGUGUUGGCGCACAAUGGUGAAAUCAAUACGCUGCGCGGUAACGUCAACCUGAUGAAGGCUCGCGAAGGUGUCAUGAAGAGCGAGCAGUUCGGGGACGAGCUGAAGAAGCUCUAUCCGGUCGUCGAACCGAACCUGUCCGAUUCCGGUUCGUGCGAUUGUGUGCUCGAGUUUUUGACCGCAGUCGGAAAUCGUUCACUGCCGGAGGCCGUCAUGACGAUGGUACCGGAAGCGUGGCAGAACGACCGUACAAUGUCGCAGGAAAAGCGCGACUUCUACCACUGGUCCGCUUGCGUGAUGGAGCCAUGGGACGGCCCGGCACUGAUUUCGUUCACCGACGGGCGCUACAUCGGUGCCAUCCUCGAUCGUAACGGGUUGCGCCCGUCCCGCUUCUACGUGACCCGGGACAAUCUGCUGAUCAUGGCCUCGGAAGUCGGCGUUUACGACGUAGAUCCCAAAGACGUUACGCUAAAGAGCCGUUUGAAGCCGGGCCGUAUGCUGCUGGUGGACACGGAGCAAAAGUCGCUGAUCCAGGACAUCGAGCUGAAGUCGGAAAUUGCCAAAUCCCGUCCACACAGCGAAUGGCUGAAGGAGCAGAUGAUCACAAUGGAUGACAUUCGUCGCGAGGCAGGCGCUAUCACGAACGGUUCGACCGAGUUGGCCGUUACCAACGGUGACACUCAGCUGGCCGAAAAGAAGGGCAUUUUGGAUCCAAGGCUG